AUGACCAAGGCCCAGGCACCGUUAUCAUUUGAGGACGUGGCCGUGAGCUUCUCCCGGGAGGAGUGGCGGCUCCUGGUCCCUGCCCAGAAGGACCUGUACCGGGACGUGAUGCUGGAGAACUACAGGAACCUGGUGUCAGUGGGAUACCAAGCCAGCGAACCAGAUUCACUCUUCCGGUUGGAGCAUGGAGGACCACUGUGGGUAGUAGAGGGAGCAGCUCCGAGGCCACCCUGUCCAGGCGAGUACGUUGCCAGCCACCAGGACAGCUGCCCUUUGACGUCCUACUCCCCAUAUGCGAAACCAGAGUCCUCCUUUCUCCCAGAUGACGUCUUCGCCAUCAUAGAGCGUUUAAAAUCACAUUUAGGUUUUGUUCUCCAGAAUAGAAGAUAUGCAGGAGAAGAUCCUGAUGAGUUUAGUGGAUAUGGGAAAUCCUCUGUCUACAUCCAACAGGAUACAACUCUUACUGGAAUUAAAUGCACUAAAUCACAGCUCGGUGAACAUCAAAAAACUUACGCAGAGGAGAAACCACAUGAAUGCAGUGAGUGCGGUAAGGUCUUCUCUAGGAAGGCACAGCUCAUUAGACAUCAGAGAACUGAAAGGGGAGAAAAGCCCCAUGGAUGCAGUGAAUGUGGGAAGACAUUCAUGAGGAAGAUUCAGCUCACUGAACACCAGAGAAUUCAUACUGGAGAGAAGCCCCAUGAAUGUAAUGAAUGUGGAAAAGCAUUCUCUAGGAAGUCACAGCUUAUGGUACAUCAGAGAACUCACACAGGAGAGAAACCCUAUGGAUGCAGUGAAUGUGGAAAAGCCUUCAGCAGGAAGUGCCGGCUCAAUAGACACCAGCGAUCUCACACUGGAGAGAAACUCUAUGGAUGCAGCGUGUGUGGGAAGGCCUUUUCCCAGAAGGCAUACCUCAUUGCACAUCAGAGACUUCACACAGGAGAGAAGCCUUACGAGUGCAGUGAAUGUGGAAGAACUUUCUUUUUUAAGUCAGACCUGACCAAGCAUCAGAGAAUUCAUACAGGAGAGAAACCUUAUGAAUGCAGUGAGUGCGAAAAAGCCUUCAGGAGCAAGUCAAAGCUCAUUCAGCAUCAGCGAACUCAUACUGGAGAGAGGCCGUAUGCAUGCAGUGAAUGUGGCAAAGCCUUUGCCCACAUGUCAGUCCUCAUGAAACAUAAGAAAACUCAUGCAAGAGAGAAAACUAUAAAUUCACUGAAAGUGGAGAAACCUUCCUCAGGGAGUCAUAGCUCUUUAUACGUGAGUAAACUUGCCCAGGAGCAAAACCAGAUGAACACGGUGCCUGUGGAAAUACCUUCUUCGGGAACUCAGCCCUUGUUAAACCUCAGUGAGCUCCUUGGGGGUAGAAAUGUAGUGUUUGUGGAACAGCCUUUUCUAAGAAGUCAGGCCUCAGUAAGUAAUCUGGAAUUUGCACAGGGAAUAUGUCUUGCAAAUGCAGUGAAUGUGACCACACCUUCUGUAAUAAAUUAUGUUUUAUAUUACAUUUCAGAGAAUUCAUACUACAGUAAAUUCCUACCUAGCCAUUAA